GACUUUUAUACAUUGCCUUGCAUUCUAGGCUUGUUUUAUGUUGCCUGCGAUUUCUUUUAUGACUCAGGCAGCUAAAGCAAGUCUGGGAGGCUCGAGACAACACGACAUUGCGCGCACCGGAGAGGGACACGUGGACGAGAUGGAAUUGUUACAGCUGUUUGAGUUCAUACAGCCUAAAUCUACUGCAUGAUGCCAUAAUUUUAAUAUAAAUAAAACAGAAUCAUAUAGAUAAACAGAUUCAAUGUAUUCAGAAAGGUAGACCGUGAGUUUUAGGCUAAACCCAUCAAUUUAACCCAUUGGUAAUUAGGCCUAACUACAGUGGGGGAUUGUAGCACUAUUUGUGUUAUGAACAGUUUUGAAACAUACAUACUUCUAAACUGACUAUUUUAUAAAUUGAUUUAUGCUACACUGUAAAAAAUAUUCGACCAUUGAAUCAUCAUGGCAACAUACGUUUUAUUAUACAAAAAAAAUGUAAGGCUGCAAUGUGUUAUACAGUGUACGUGUUAAAGAUAUAAUUUUGUAUAAUGUUAAAAUAUUGCUUAUAUAUAAUAUGUGUAUUAAAGGGGCCUCUUAAACACACUCUUUGUUUUCUAUGUUUUUAAUAAAACUCUCUAAAUUCUAAAAAUGUAGCCUAUCUGUGUUCAUCAUAUGAGAUGUAAUCGCUUAAAGUAAUGUGAGGUUUUGAUGGGGAAUUACGUUACAAUUAUUGAGUCAUUUUGGUGCUGCUUUAAAUUAAUAUAAAAAUUUAAACUGUUGUGUUUCCUAAAGGACAUUUUCCAGUGGUGUGGUAUGUAAAACAACAGUGACCUUCAGACUUAUUUCCAAAGUUUCAGGAUAAUUCAUUUUAAAUUACUAUCGUUUGUAAUGGGAAUUAAACAGUUACACCGACUACUCCAACAAUGACUUAUUUCAUGGAGCAGCGUUGAGACUUAAAAACAAAUAUUUGGACCCCUGUCGUCAAUUUAAUUACUAAAUAGACAUUAUGAAUAAAUAUACAAUUAUGAAAAAUCAAUAAAUAGACAGACAUUAUAAAAUGUUUGCAUUAGCUCAUAUAAGACAAAAAUAGCAGCUUCUUCUCUUUAAUAUGUUGACAAGCCAGUGAUAAAUGGCCUAAACCCAUCAAAUGCGACCACUGUUAUGAUAUGUUUUCCUCCCUACUUAAAACAAACAACGAGUCCAGUUUAAAAUUAUCAUUUGGGUGAAAUAUUCUUAUAUUUUAGGAGAGUUUAGCUGAAAUUCCAUUUUUAAAAAAUAUUCAUUUUAAAGGUGUUUAACAGAGGUCCAACAGGCCACCUGAUCAUAAUGCAGGGCUCAGGGUUUACAGUACCAUUUCACAUCUAUUGCGUAUUAAAGCAACAUAAGUUUGGAUAAAAUGUUCCUGUUUACCGUUAUGCAGUGAGGCGUAGUUUAAAGGCAAAUAUUCUCUUCCAACAUUGAACAUGCCUUUUUGUUUGCUAAGGGGUAAAAGGCGGAAAAGAAAGAGGAUCUGAACCGGUUUCCAUGUCAAACACUUCAAUUCUCCAUAGAAACUGUGAUCUUAACGCAGAAACUUUAUUAAACCUUGAUGGUGGAUUGAUAAGGGCGAAUUUCUAUCGGUUCCUUUUUAUUGUGGAGACGGGGAGGGAUGACAGAGGUAAAUUGCUCUUUUAAUUAAACCAAUGCACCGAAGGAAAUUGCUGUCUGAAUAUUGUCUCAGAGAUGGGGCUUGCGACAGUUGCCUGGAAACUUCAAUCUGUCUCACAUUUAUUCCAGAUCACAGUUUUGAGAUAAAGUUUAAUAAAAAUCUUUGCGCCAAUGAAAGCCAACGCUUUCACGUCCACCACCACAAUGCGUCAGAACUGCGGAGGAAGCCUUAUGUUUAACAUGUAUCUCUCAGACCAUACGGAAAAUCUACUGAAGGAAAGCAAAAGCUCUACCUGGACUCCCAUCAACACCGGCGUGCAAAAAGGAAGUGGACAAAUACAACUGUGGCAAUUUCUUCUGGAGCUUCUGUCAGACAGCACAAAUAUGUCAUGCAUCGCCUGGGAGGGGACCAAUGGAGAGUUUAAACUGAUAGACCCGGACGAGGUCGCCAGACGAUGGGGGGAACGCAAGAGUAAACCGAACAUGAACUAUGACAAACUGAGCCGAGCUCUGCGCUAUUACUACGACAAAAACAUCAUGACCAAGGUGCACGGAAAGCGCUACGCCUACAAAUUUGACUUUAACGGCCUGGCACAAGUCUGCCAACCAUCUUCCACCGAACAAGCUAUUUAUAAAUUUCAGAGCAACUUCGCUCCCAUUCAGUUUUCAGGCAUUUCCAAACUCAAUCUGGUUGCUCCAGGGGUCGGACCAUCAGGGUUCUCUUACUGGCCCGGAUCUCACCCGACUCUCUACCACAGCCACAACCUACAACCACCAGGGCCAUUCGGUGCCGUUUCUGCGUCGCAUUUAAGUUGCGUUAACAAUAUCAAUAGUUUAAAUAACUUGAAUAAUAUCAAUAAUCACUAUAACUGAUUUUAUGCAUUAAAAAUGCGCAUCCAUACACGAGACCAAUAUUCAAUAGCAUAUUGACACUAAUUGACAUACACUAUACGGUACUGGAAUAACCCAGCAAAUGUAUCUGCAAUAAAUUCAUAUGUCUAAAAAUAGUUAUUUCGAGUUGUCAAUGUUUGAGCAAAAAAUUUAGUCGAUGGAUCAACAUCGGUCACCUUAUGUAAUUUAGCGCCAUCUAAUGGAAAUUAAACAAAAAUAGCAUAGGCUAUUCAACAAAUUUAUUGUGUUGAUCAUUAUGAUUUUUCGACAGUUUAAAUAAAUUUAGCUUGAAUAGGCUACGUGCUCAAAUUCCAAUAUUGGACUGAUGCAGGCUGUGUAAAAAUAAUAUUAUUAAUUAAUAAAAUGUAUUAAAUCUAGGCUUAAAAUUAUUAUGCCUUCGUGAUCAAGAACAAAAGGUAAGCCAAAAUAAAGCUUGAAAAAUUAUAUGUAUUAAAUUACUACCCUUUUGUAACCAAGCAAAUUGUAACACGUGCAUUUGAAUACUCUAUUUAAAUAUCCUACUGUGCACUACGUUUUAAAUGAAUUAAUUGUAUUUUAUUUAACGACUACGGGCGGUUUAAGUCUAAACAAAAGGCUAACAAUUACAAUUGAAAUCGAAUAAAUUGCAAACAAUAACUAUGAAUGUGUUUUAUUUUUAUGUGUUAAUUUAUGAGGACUCUUAUGUGUAUUAAUUUAUGAGGAUUCUUCUUGGUUAUUCCUAACAUGU